AUGGCGACACGGCAGCGCCUGCUUGCCCAUGUGGCCUCACUCAUCCCCGCUGCCCGGGGCUCGGACUGCACGCUCGUCGGUGUUGACGGACGCGACGGUGCAGGCAAGACAUUCUUCGCUGACGAGCUCGCCGCCGCCGCGGAACACGGAGGGCGCACCGUCGUUCGCAUCUCUCUCGACGACUUCCACCACCAGCGCGCGCGGCGCUACCGGCUAGGCUCGCAAUCUCCCGAAGGCUUCUUCAUGGACAGCUACGACUACGAGGCCUUUGCAGAGCGCGUCCUGCGCCCGCUGGGACGCGGCGGUUCGCGUGUCUACAGGACGCGCAGCCACGAUCUCGCCACGGACCGCAUCCUGGACGACAACGAGGAGCCGUCCCACGUCGCGGACCCGGGGUCCGUGGUGAUCGUCGACGGCAUGUUUCUGCACCGAGACGAGAUGCGCGGCGCGUGGGCCUUUUCGGUGUUUCUGGAUGUGGAGGCGGAGUUGUGCGCUGAGCGGAUGAGGCUCAGGGACGGGACGGCGCCGCCGCUGGUGCCCGAGGCGAGAUAUUUCGGUGGUCAGCUCUUGUACUUUCAGUCGUGCAAACCGUGGGAGAGGGCAACUUUGGUCGUCGACAACUCGAAGGUUGAUGCGCCUGUCUUGAAGAGCCCCAGCGCAGGUCGGGGAGGCGUUGAAGCGCAGUAA